GUUUUGUUUUGAAGUUGCUGCUGCUGGUGAUACGAAACGAAAAAUAUUAUUAAUUUUUUUAUAAACAUGCCUUUGCAUAGAAUCAAAUCGGUUUCCAAGUUACUUUUCCAAUGCAACAGAUACUAUUGUUUGGCUUUCCCGAAACAACAUGAUCUAAGCUCACGUAGGUUUAUCAUGACAUACCCACCAAUGUAUGCUAAAAAAGCUCUUAAACAAGAAAAAGAAAAGUUUAGAACUUAUGUAAUACAACAAUAUCUUGAUUAUCUAUCAAAUUAUGCCAAAGUAUUAGAACAAAGGUUUCCUUCUGCUAUGAAAAUGUACAGAGUUUUCAGUGUUGGCAUUAAAGACUUCUAUAAAGAUUUAAAAACAUAUUUAUCACUACGAAUAAGAUUAGCCAGAGAUCAAGGUUUCCAAAAUAUGAGCCGUCAAGAACUGGAACUCUAUGUUAAAAUGCCCGGUGAUAUGCUACGAAUAGCUCCGGUGCUCAUACUCUCUGCCAUACCUUUUGGAAAUUACAUCAUAUUUCCUCUGGCCUUCCUGAAACCAAGGGCACUGCUGUGUUCACAUUUCUGGUCAAUACAACAGAAAGCAGAAUUCUCUGUUAUUGAGCUGAAAGAAAGACUAAGACACAAUCGUCCAACUUUCCGUGCGCUACAGGCCAAGCUCGAGAGCAUACCUGAUGUGGUCAUGAAGGAGAAGUUCAGGAAAAUCAUUGCCAUGCUGGGGUCAGGCGUGCAUCCGAGUGCUGAGGAAAUUAUCGCCUGCAAGUUACUGUUCUCACAAGGACCAUACCAUUUGAGUAACUUGAGCUAUAGUCAUUGUGGUCAUCUAAUACAGAUUCAUGGUCUAAGAAAAAGUGUGUUUCGCCAAAGUAAAUUAAAGUACAGAGCUUUUUUACUAUUGGAAAUGGAUAAGGCCAUAAUUAAAGAAGGUGGUGUUGCAUCGUUGAGUACGGACGCCUUGCGGCACGCCUGCCACCUGCGCGGGCUCCACAGCAGUCACUUGACUAACAGUGACAUGAUACUCUGGCUGGAGCAAUGGCUUGUAAUCUCAGAGAGAGUGGACAAAUCCUGCUACUCACUGAUACUGCAUUGUCCACUAUUUUUAGCAUACAAUCAUCCACAAAACUGGAUGCUUAUUUAUUAGGUGUUCAUUAAUUUAAAUGUUAUUUGUGAAACUGGAAAGUCUUGCGGAUUUUUCAGAUGAUCUGUUUACGCCCUUGGGCCUGAUUAACAAUAUUAAGUUAAUUCUAAGCCAUAGUCCGUAUACAGAAAGAAUGCUUUUGCCAGUUAAACUUUAAAUGAGAUUAAAACACCCUUAUAAAUUAUCAUUUUGCACAAUGUUCUGUUCUUAUAUGGGCAAGCAGUCAUACAGAGACAGAUAUGACGAAUCUUAGAGGCUACGGAUCCCUAAAAAGUGAACAUAGGCUGUCUUCCACUGUACAAAGUACCCUUGUUAUUGUUACUCUUAUAACUCCGUGAAAAUAAUUGGAUAAUGGCGGCCGUACUUAUUUACAAGCGAGUGUAAAAGUAUUGGCAAGACCUAGAUUAGAGCGAUAUACCAUGAUUCCGUCCGCCAUUAUAAUUGUGAUUCAUUAUGCACGGCUGUAUUUUAAUUUUAUCAGAGCUUUACUAAUUAUAUUGUUAUGCGUUGAGUUGGAUUGUUUUACCUUGUUACAUAAAUUGUGUAGUUAUGUAAAUAAAACAAGAUUAGUAAAUUAUAGUUAUCGUCAUAUUUUAUUUAUCAAUCCAUUCAGUAAGGACAUAGGAACAUAAGUAGGUACUUCUCUAACGAGAAGGUACUAUAAUAAUUUCUUAGAAUAUGGAAAUACUGCAUUCAUUACAUUAAAUUAAAUAAAACCACAGUAUAAAAUUUAGGGGCCAACAUUAAAAAACCUGUAGUGUCAAUCAAUGUCGACUUGUAUUUUGAAUACUUUGAAUAAUUUUUAACAUCAAUAUUUUAUAUCCCUAUGGCCUAUAAAUAUCUAUAAACCUAACACACACUACCAACAUGGCGGUGCUAUACGGCUGGCUACUCGUGACCAUGCUGCUGGCGAGCUGGACGCCCUGCCUCAUGAGAGGGUGCUGGCGGUGCCCCGGCCCGGUCUACGCCAGGGACCGGAACAACCGACUGUAUGUGAUAUCGCCGACGGGAGGAUGCUGUUUAGACAGAUAAAUAAUGUGAAGUUUUUGUGAUUGGUCAUGAUAAAUUAUUGGUGUCCUGUG